CACAUAGAACAUCAACCCAUCCCGGGCAGAACAUUCAUAAUUCGGACCAGGGAAAAGCCACAUCGCAUCCUCAGCCUAAAAGGGGGGAAAUUGGAAUUCCGAGACCGUCUUAACCCUGCUUGGGGCGUCUACUGGUAUUGUCAUAAGAAUGGCCACUGGCACUUGUUUAGCAAUACAACCUCUGACACAUCCCUUGGUUAUGAUGAAUCAGGUAGGAUUUUAGCAAUGAAGACAUGUUAUAAAGAAGACGAAUUCUUCGUUCCAAUUAGGCAAGAAGGUGGCGGAUAUAUCUUACAUACGUUCCACCCUGACCAAAGGAAACUACGGCAGGUGGCUAUCGCGGAAGAUUUGUUUGGUAACCUCUUAAGAGAGCGAGAUAAAGGAGGGACGCCGUUGGAUUUUAUU